UGACUGACACAUCGAGGCCGUGGACACGACCGUUGUCGUGUGCUGUUACGUGCCGUGUUCUGCUUGACCUGUGUGCUGGCCAUUGUUUUAUGGUCGGAUUUCACCACCAGCACACACCCGUGUUGAUAACAGCCAGCCGACGUAGUAUCGUGUGCUGGCGUGUUUUCCUUUUCUUGCUGGAGUUAUCUUUGCAAUCAAGAAAUCAUCGCGAGGCAGGUAGGCCAAGCGAAGCAUAGCGUUGGAACAGUACCGGAUUAUGAAUAUGUGGUGUAUGUCUAUGUGAAUAGUGCCGCGGGCUAUGUGUUACACCAUAUCGUACAGGAAGUCGUGGUUUAAUUCUUUUGUCGUCUGCUAAAACUACGGAUGUGUGCUUUGUUAUUAUUUUUAACAAAGCAAAUUAUUCUAGAUCUAGUUCUACUUAGUACAGUACUCAAGAUUAGUACAAUGGUCGCUUAUUUAAAUAAAAUAAGAAAUACUAGCGUAAACAGAACGGUAUUGUCACAAGUCUUCCUAGAAGAUUAGUCAGUGUGUCUGUCUUGACAGUCACACAUUACUGCAUGUACGUACUUCUGCUAAAGCCAUAAUCUUCAGACAUGGAUUCCAGAACCAAAAGACUAUCUGACCUUGACCCUGAACUGACCAGUCUACCAGCAGACGUAGAAAAAAGGAUUCUGUCUAUCCUCGAAGACCGGGAUAAGAUUAUCCUACUACAGAGGCAGCAGAUCGAGCGACUGGACUCGGAACUUCGACAAGUCCGAAUUGAAAGGGAUUUACUUCAAGUCCGUUUGACUGACCGCGGUGACCCCGCUACUCCUGGGUCACUGGGCGAUUCCAGCAGUGUGACAGGGGUCAAAGGUUACAAUGAGACGCCAUCUCGCGGCCAAAGUGGGCUAGACUCGUCCCCCAGGGGAGGGAAGCUGGUCAGCCAGAACAGCGUCCACAAUCACAGCCGAAUCCAGCGGCAACGCUCGUUGAAAAAUAGCAGCGAUGACGUCAUAAAGAGGUCAAGGCCACAUCAAAGCUCCUACCAACUUUCUCAGGAUCUGCAUGAUAAGCAGGUUGAGAUGCUAGAGAGAAAAUAUGGCGGCUCCAUACGCUCAAGAAGGGCUGCCCGGACCAUACAGAGAGCCUUCAGGCAGUAUUGCAUGAACAAAAACUUUGAGAAGCUGCGCCAUUCCUACGGCGAGCGCCGCCUGUCCAAACGCUUGUCGGAGCUGGGCAGGAGCAACACCAUCUGGACUGACCGCCUGUCUGGGGACCUCAGUGCCGCCACAGAUGACAACGGCAACAUCCCCGGGGAGGGGGAGGCUUUCACCCGCAACAUCCGCAGCCUGGUGGCAGAGUUCGAAAGUUCUAGUAGGGCCUCUGACUCCCCUGGGUACCCACAGGUAGCGCGGGACCGUAGCUCAGGGGCGGGGGUGCAGCGGGUGGAGAGUAAACGUAAACUUGACCGUCACGCGGGCGUGGAGUACACCUACGGGAGGGAGGUCCACCAUGGCCACAUGAGCCGUAACUCUUUCAGUAAUCCAGGAUUUAAUGUGGACGGUAACCGUGGCAACAGGUCUAAGAGUGGGAGUGUAAGCAGUCAAGGGAGUGCCUCCAGUGGGGGGCCCUACAGCAGUGGGGACCUCUCCAACAGGGGGCCCUACACUAGUGGGGACCUAUCGAACAGGGGGCCCUACCAGGACAUGAGUGAACAAGGCCUGGAAAAUGCGGCCGUGGACCCACAGAGUGUAGACUUUGAGACUCUCCUAGAGAGUAAAGAAACAGACAUUCUUACAGACAGCUUCCACAGCGAGGGCAGCAGUGUCCAAGACAUGUCCGGCAGUGGUCAGUUGGCCCUGAGCAACAGACCAUCCGCCUCAUCGUUGGUGUCUAAUCUGGAUUAUAGUUCUGACCUGGCUCGUAUCUCGUCCUCCCCCGGGGGGUCGUUUGACAGCUUCAGGACUAUCUCCAUAGACCCCUCCGACUACAUAGCAGAGGACACGCCGGAGGUGAGAAUAGACCCCGGCUCGCCCGACCCCGACAGCCCUGUCUACACCAAAGAACAGCUGGCUGCAGCCCAGAUGAAAUUCUACAUGACCAACUCCCAGGUCAAGUACAGGAACAGAGACCUGUCCCCAAACGUGGCAGUCGUCCCCCCGACUCGCUCGUCAGACACCUCGCCCAUCUGGAAGCGAAAAGGUGACGGCCCUGCGGCUCUGGUGUCCAACGGAGGCGAGAAGCUGACCAUGCCAGAGAAGUUGGCACUCUCAGACAAGCAGGACCUGAAGAGGAUGAGCAACAUCUCCGAGACGAGCGAGGCUGACAGUGUGGAGGGCAACUCCCUGAGCUCUGAGAACGUCAGCACGGAGAACAUCAGUGUCAGCAGCGAGACUUCCCUCAGCUACCAGCGCAAGCUCAGGAUGAGCAUCACCCCAGAGUCUCAGACCCUGCCCAGAGUCAAUGAUAAACAGAGGAAGCGGCUGUACAGGAUAGGACUUAAUUUAUUCAACAAAAAACCAGAAAAAGGAUUGGAUUUUUUACUAGAGAACAAUUUCUUGGACAGUUCCCCCAGAAGUGUGGCCAGAUUUUUCAUUUCAAGGAAAGGACUCAGUAAGCAAAUGAUUGGAGAAUUUCUGGGCAACUUACAGAACCCAUUCAAUCAGGAGGUCUUACAAUACUUCUGUGAGGAGAUUGACCUGUCUGGUCUACAAGUUGACGUGGCUUUAAGAAAGUUCCAGUGUCACUUUAGGAUGCCAGGUGAAGCCCAGAAAAUCGAGCGUCUGAUGGAGGCGUUCGCUGAUCGCUACUGUGAGUGCAACCCAGACCAGGUGAAAAACUUCAAAACGCCGGACACGGUUUUUCUCCUGGCCUUCGCCAUCAUCAUGCUCAACACUGACCUCCACAACCCCUCGGUCAAGGCCGAGAGGAAGAUGAAGCUGGAGGAUUUUAUCAAAAACAUGCGAGGUAUUGAUGACGGUGAGGAUAUUGAUCGAGACAUACUGACGGGUUUGUAUGAGAGGAUUAAAAGUCAAGAGUUCAAGGCCGGGGUCGACCAGGUCACACAGGUCAUGAAGGUGGAGCAGACUAUCAUUGGCAAAAAGCCGAUUUUAAGCCUGCCCCACCGUCGUCUGGUGUGUUACUGUCGUCUGUACGAGGUUCAUGACCCAAAUAAGAAGGAAAAAAUUGGCCUCCAUCAAAGAGAAGUUUUUCUUUUCAACGAUCUGUUACUGGUAACGAAAAUCUUCAGCAAGAAGAAAACUGGCAUCACAUAUUCAUUCCGAAAUUCUUUGUCACUAUGUGGCAUGCAAGUCUACCUCUUUGAAACUGCACAUUAUCAGUUUGGCAUCCAGUUGACACACAACAUUGAUGGCAAGCCACUGAUUACAUUUAAUGCAAGAAAUGAUCAUGACAGGCAAAAGUUUGUGGAGGAUCUAAAGGAAUCCAUACUGGAGACCAAUGGGAUGGAACAAUUGAGAAUUGAAGAAGAAAUGGCUCGUCACAGAACUACCCAUAAUACACUGGACAAGCGCUACGCAUGCGACGACUCCAGAGUUCUAGCGUACGAUCUGGUCAAAGCUUCAGAAAACCCCCACAAUCGCCUGUCUGCACCUGAAUGUAGUAAUUUAAAGAAAGUUCCCUACUCCAACUCACUGACUGACCUCACCUCAGAUCCUGUGAUGAAGAGGGGGAGCAGUGGAGCCUCUCUGGACAGUGGAAUGGCUUCUGGUAGUGUGGGCAGCUCCAGCAGUGACACCCAUCUAGGUGUGUUCACACCCAGUCCCACUGCCAUGCCCUCUGUGAGUUCUGGAAGUGGCAAGCGCCAGCCAGCACCAAGAGCUCCCAUUGUUCUUAGGCCUGGCUUGCCAGACGGCACACAAGUUUGAUCAGUGUCAAAUGGAUCUGAUGUUGAUGGUGAUCUAUACAGAGGACUUGAUGUAUAUUCAGAGGUUGCAUAAGGAUGUGCUGGUCACAUUAACAAACUGGUUAAACUUCUGAAAAUAGUAUGUGGACUUUAAUUUGUUGGAUCAAUAAAUGAAGCCAUGGAUUAUGGUGUUUGGCUCCAGUUCCUGUGGACACAAUUCAGUGACUGGAGUUGUCUUAGCUGCUUGAACUAAACAUUGCAGCACAUGAAAGUUUCCGUGGAUAUUUUCUCAAGUUUUUGGGGACCAACAUUAUGCCGCAGCUUGUGUAGGGCUUUCCUACUCGGCUGUGCCCCAUCAUCAGAACAAACAGCUCCAUCAUCACUGUCAGAUUGUUGAACACAAGACUCGUUAGAAUUGGCAGUUAAUUGUAGUAAAAGGACAAGACAUUGUUGUUGUCAGGACCAAGUCUUUAUUACAUUUGCUGUUCAUUGUUUAAAUUAUAUCAAAGAAUCAAACAAGUUCCCUCUUCCCCACAAAACUUGUACAGGUUGAGCGUGGUUUCAUAUCAUACCUAGCUCAUAUAAGCUAUGAAACUUUUAAGUAUUGAAUAGCCGUAUCAGAGGUGUAAAUGAGUCGUAUGUCAUUAAAAAGUUGAAUGUUAUGUUAGCCGUGUCAGAGGUGUAUAUGAGGCGCAUGUCAUUAAAAAGUUGAAUGUUAUGUUCAGUUCACCACCCAAAGUCUUUCACUUUUUUCCCCCCUCCAGGUUUAUUAAAUAAGUUUCCUUUUGGUUCCAAUUACAAUUUAUUUUAUUUGGAAAAUUUCCCAUUCAGAAUUUAGACUAUUUCUAGGCGUAUUUUGUAAAGUCCCAAUUUAACUCCAUUUAAUAGUUUUUUCUAUUUAUUUUUUUCUAAGUUCUCAUUUAGUUCCAUUCAUAUUUGAUUUCAUUCUAAGUUUAUUUUGUCAAGUUCCAAACUGAUUCCUUUCAUAAUUUAUUUUUUGUUGCCAUAAAGAAGCUCCAUUGUUGAGCUAUGGAAAUAAUUUAUUGGACUGUUUCCAGCUUGAUAGUCAAGACAGAUUUACACAUUUAUGCAAACAGGGUGAGUGCCCCUGGCUUAACCACCCAUCUAGUAGAGCUCACCUAGGUCAAUAAUGUAGUCUGCUAGCUCGUGUAGAGCCACUCAAGGAAAUCAC